GAAGAUCCAUUUGAGGUUAUAAAUUCGAAAUUUUUGUAGCUCGAAAAAUAUUCUGAUGUAUAAAUAUCUCGAUGCGAGUAAUUCCAAAUAAAUUGAUGCAGAGUGGAGUAACAUAGAGAUAGAAGAUAUGUUCGAAUGCUUAAUCUAAUCAUGGAUUUCUUGGGUGAAAUAUUAACUUUCGGAAUUGAUUCUGUCAUAUUUGCUAUUUGCCUAAAACAAUAUAUUUAUUACAGAAAUGCGGUUAAGGCAAUUCAAAAUGUUGAGCUGUAUGAUGGACCAGAUCUAGAUAAUGUAGUAAAUAAUAAUAUAAACAAUAAAAUACAUCAUGUAGCUGUCAGAGGACUUGUAAAACCAUUAGGAGAACCACUACAAAGCAUUAAUAAAAAACAUGUCCUUGGAGUCAUACAAAAGCUUAGUAUCAAAGAACAUGUUAUUGCUAGAACAUCUGCUGGUUUUUGGUCUGAUCAAACACGAACAAUGCAGAAAAUAUUUAAUGUGAUACCAUUUGUUUUAAAAAAAGAUUCUUUUUCUGUGGAAGUAAUAGAUCCGUUAUCUGCUGAUAUCUUAGAUUUGGAUGUAAUUUCUGAUCAUUAUGAGCCGAUUGUUCCUACAGUAUUGGAUCAUGUAUGGGGGUUUUUAACAGGAGUACGUCAGCGUGGUGUGCAAACCACAGAGAAAAUGUUGCGUGUAGAUUCAAUUAUUACAAUAAUAGGUGAGCUUUCAAAGUCAGAAACUAAAUCUGACAUGCUUACUUUGCAAUCUCCAUUAAAUGGAUCUCCUUUUUAUAUAACAAGCAUGUCACUUCCCACUCUGAUACGGAAACUUGAUGAUCAUAGGAAAAUAUACAGGGUUAUAUGCAUAAUAUGUGGCACGAUUGGAUUAUUAAUUGGAGGAACUGUCAUGAGACGUUAUUGGAAGGACAAAGAGCAGAAAAGAAUAGCAGAAGAAUUGCGACGUACCCUUGAAAUCUCUCGCAGACAAAGACGACAAAGAGUCAGAGAUACAGAUCUCAGAACAGAUCAGAUAUGUGUAAUAUGCAAUACAAAUGCACGCGAAAUUAUUUUAUUGCCUUGCGGUCAUGUAUGUAUAUGUGAAGAUUGUUCAGAUAGCAUCAACAACAAUUGUCCAAUUUGUAGAACACCAAUUAUGCAAAAAGCAGCUGCAUACAUUAUAUAAAUUUUAUUUUCAAGUAUAUCUUUUAUGAUAAAAUUUAGUAAAUGCUAUUACUGUAAUAUAAAACAAAUAGGAUAUGAAAACAAAAGAAAAUUCAAUUAAAAUGAUAUUAUUUGGAAUUGGUGUAAAUAUUAAUUGAU